AUGGGGUUGGGCAAACUGUCAAUCCGCAUCAAUGGCGCCGACUGUGGCGCGGAGGCCCUUCUGCUUGGUGUCAUCACCAGCAUUGGGGGUUUCCUCUUCGGAUACGACACCGGUCAAAUCUCGUCCAUGCUCCUCUUCACCGACUUCAAGAAACGAUUCGCUACUGGUGACAUUGGCCCGGACGGCAUCCCCCAAUGGGUUCCCACUACACAGUCGCUCAUGGUCUCGCUCAUGAGCAUCGGUACCCUCAUCGGCGCUCUCUCCGGUGCUUACACGGCCGACUGGUGGGGUAGACGAAGGAGUUUGAGCUUCGGUGUUGGUGUCUUCAUCGUCGGGAACAUUAUUCAGAUCACGGCCAUGAACUCAUGGGUUCACAUGAUGAUGGGUCGCUUCGUCGCCGGUCUCGGCGUGGGCAACCUGUCCAUCGGUGUCCCCAUGUUCCAGUCCGAGUGCUCUCCACGUGAGAUUCGUGGCGCCGUCGUCGCCUCCUACCAGCUUCUCAUCACCUUCGGUAUCCUGAUCUCCAACUUGAUCAACUUUGGCGUCCGCAACAUCCAAGAGUCCGACGCCUCGUGGCGCAUUGUCAUCGGCCUUGGUAUUGGCUUUUCCCUGCCUCUAGGUCUAGGUAUCCUCUUAGUCCCCGAAUCUCCCCGCUGGCUUGCCGGUCGCCAGGACUGGGAGGGCGCACGCAUGUCCAUGGCCCGUCUGCGUGGCCUGAAGGACGACCCCCACUGCGAGCUCGUCGAGAAGGAUCUCCAGGAGAUGUUCAAGGUUAUCGAAGAAGAGUCCAAGACCGGCUACGGCACUUGGCUCGAAUGCUUCACCGGAUCAUCUGGCAUCCCCAAGACCGUCUACAGGACGCUGCUCGGAAUCUCUCUGCACUUCCUCCAGCAAUGGACUGGUGUCAACUUCUUCUUUUACUACGGCGCUACGAUUUUCCAGUCCGCUGGCAUUCAGGACCCUAUCAUGAUGCAGCUGAUUCUCGGAGCUGUCAACGUCGCAUGCACAUUUUUCGGUCUGUACGCCGUUGAGAAGUACGGUAGGCGAUGGCCUCUGUUCAUCGGCGCUGUCUGGCAGACCGCAUGGCUCACCGUAUUUGCCUCCGUCGGCACGGCUAUGCCUCCCGAAACCAACAGCACGACUGGAAUUGUCAUGAUUGUCUCUGCCUGCAUGUUCAUUGCCUCUUUCGCCAGUACAUGGGGACCUAUGUGUUGGUGCGUUAUUGGAGAGACUUUCCCUCUCCGCACCAGAGCGAAGCAGGCGUCUCUUGCUACGGCCGGCAACUGGCUCGGAAACUUUCUCAUCUCCUUCCUCACUCCCUACGCAACUGCCGGCAUCGGCUACGCUUACGGAUUCGUGUUUGCGGGCUGCAACCUGGCUGGUGCCCUGCUUGUCUGGUUCUUCCUCUACGAGACCAAGACUUUGUCCCUCGAGAACGUCGACCGCAUGUACAGCGACCCCAGCGUCAAGCCCUACUCUUCCAGCAAGUGGGUGCCUCCAGGCUACAUCACCCGAAAGCAGAAAGACAACUCGGCCUUGGAACCUGCCUCGGUGCACACCGAAAACACUGCCUUUGGCGAGAAGACGAGUGAUGACGAGAGACCUUUCGCGGAACAUCAUCAGUCCAACCAGGUGCCAUUGGCUAAUAACGUAUGA